AUGAACGCCUGGUCUUAUGUAGUUUAUAACAUACCGCCUCAAAUGUGUAAAUUUGGAAUACCAAACAAAAUCUUUGAUGAUUUUAGAAAAAGAAAUGAAAAAGGAGGAACAAGCACAGGAAAAGCUGAAUUGGUGAAGCUAUGUGACAGAAAUUUCAUAAGGGAGGAACUUGCAGGUUUAGACAAGGCAGUGAAUGCCAAUCGUAUAUUACAAGCAAAAGGCAUCUCUCUCAGUCUCUCUUUUCCUACUCCCACUGUCCCACACUUCUCUCCCUCCAAAGAUGGGAUUAGAUACCCUGGAAUAUUUCCGCAGGCUUUAAAUCAGUCACACUGCAUUGAAGAGAUGCUUGCGUGGAACAUCUUC